AGCAAUAGCCGUCAUUUCAACGUCUGGGUUAAAUAUAGACCCGAUAUAGUCCGGCUAUGUGUAACCCACUUUUAGCCCAAAUAACAUUUAAUCUGGAUAAAUGCAUUUUUUUUUGCAAAAUAACUUGUGAGAUGUAUGAUAUUCCAUCAUGUACGCAGAGUCUACCGUGAUUAUAAGUUGUUUGGUUUACUUUAUUUUACAUGUUAUAUGUGUAGGCUGUGCGUAGCCACGAUUUAGCUCGUAUUCAGACCUGGCUAUUGUAGCCCACUUUUAGUCAAAACUGAUUAAUUGUAUUCAGGCAGUGCAUGAAAUGGUUAAUAAUCAAUCAUGUUCGCAUUGGUAUGAUAUCAAGGUUCAAUAUGUCAUUUCACGGCAUGGUCGAUCUGUAGUCACGAUUCAGCUCCGAAUUGGACGGGCUAUGUCUGCUUUAGCCCACCUGGUGAAAUCAAGGCAAUCUGGUCUACGUACGGCUUGGCUAUAGCCCAGAUUCAGACCAGCGACCUAGAAUAUUAGUCUUUGAAAUGUUUUCGCUUACACAGCUUAAUAUAUAUUUUCUGUCAAACAUUCAUACACAAUCUACGAUAAAAAAAAUAAAUAAAAAAUCAAAUCAAAUGCAAUUGCAUUUCCUCCCCGCCAGAUGGCACAAUCGAAACACUACUGAAGACAUGUCUACUGGGAUUAAUGCCAUUGCGUGACUAGAUCACUUUAGACAAAUCUCGCGAUAAACAUUUCCGCCAUUUUAUUUUACACGAGGCAGCUGUCGGAGAGCAACGGGUGAGCGAAAACCUUCACAUUUCUACUUCGAUCUUGUAAGUAUGCGUGUUAUUUUUUAUAUGUUCAUUGUUUAAAUUAGUUAGCUGUUAUAAUGUGUAGAAACCGUGACAUUUUAACAUUAACAUUGCAGAGUAAUACUUUUCUCCAAAAAAAGUUAACGUUACCUGCACGUGUUAUUGCAAAUGUAACUAAAUUCAAUGAAUGUGGUAAGCAUGAAACUAUGAAACUUAUCAUUACUAUUUUUUUAUUAUUAUAAAGAUACCAGUAUAUAUUUGUAUUUAAAUUAGAGUUGAUUUAAAGCAAAUUUUGUAAGUACUUUACAUAAAAUUUAACAGCAGCAUAGUGCAACAUGAAAAGAAAUAAUAAAAAAAAAAAUUCUCCAUUUAAUAAAAGGUAGUGGCAAACAUAAAGUCUUUAAACUUGUUUGUAAAUAGUUAAAAUAUGCAGCAUACAUUCAGUUUUCAGUGAAUUUGUUUAAGAUAUAAAUUUGAAUGCUGCUUCUCCAUGUUUUGUUUUGACUUUGGAGAUCUAAAAGUAACUGGGUACUGUCCCAGAUGUCCUGAGAGGUCUGCUCUGGAUGGUUCAUAGUGCAUCAGAAGAUUAGAAAUUUAAUUUUUGCCUUAAAAUGUUAAUUUAAUAACCAACUGUAUUUUUUGGAUAUGAAUUUUUUGACAGACAGAUAGCCACUGUAAAAACCUCAAAACUGGAGAGAUGUAAUCCACUAUAUUUGAUUUAAAGACACUGUUUAUUGCAAAUUAUCCUGCAAUCAGUCAAAAAAGAACAGCAAUUGAAUAUACAGAACACUUGUCAGUGACUACCAUUAAAUGUCUUGUUACCAACAUUCAUCAAAAUAUAUUUUUUUUUGUGUGUGUUAAACAGAAGAAAGCCAUACAGGUUUGGAACCAAGUGAAACAGUUAAUGGAUCCCAAAUAUCUAAAAGAAUGGCGUCGCAUGAGAGAUCGAGUUAAUGCUCUCGCUGCAUCAAGUAGCAGCUUGGAUGAAUAUCUAGAUUUGGAUGUUCAAGGACAUUUGUCUGUGGAGGGUACAUCAGUGUUAGAUGUGUCUGGGGAGGGUACAUCAGUGCUAGGAGAUGUGUCUGGAGAGGGUACAUCCACACAAGGACAUUUGUUUGAGGGGGGUCCUUCUUUGAUUGUAGAUGCUGAAGAGGAUCCAUCAAAUUUGGAUUAUGGAUACAAGGAAACUGCUGAUUCCAGUGACUGUAGUACAGAGUUUGAUUAUUCUGAUUGCGAUGACACACCAUCAUUACACAAUGAUUUGGCUGAAUGGGCAACAACAACAAGUCAGACACAUGCUGCGUUAAAUAAGCUGCUAGGAAUUUUGAGAACACAUGGACAUACACUUCCAAAAGAUAGCAGAACACUGCUACAAACCCCUUCUGGAUUUGAAAUUAAAAACAUAUGUGGUGGCCAGUACACAUACCAUGGCUUAGAGCCGGGUAUUCUCCAGCUCCUUUCACAAAACACAUGGUUUACAGGUCCUGUAGACCUUACUAUCAAUAUAGAUGGUCUGCCAAUAUUCAAGUCCAGUAAAACUCAUUUUUGGCCUAUUCUAGCUAAAUUUGCUACUUUUGAUCCAUUUCUGGUUGCUCUUUAUUAUGGCAACAGCAAGCCCGACCCUGUUCAUGACUAUCUUCGUGAUUUAAUAGCAGAAUUGCAGGUGCUUAUGGAAAAUGGUGUCCCACACAAAACCACAGUGCACAAAGUAACUCUGCGAGCAUUCAUAUGUGAUGCUCCAGCAAGAGCAUUUCUGAAGUGCAUCAAAGGGCAUAAUGCUUUGCAUGGAUGUGAGCGUUGUUUGUCAGUGGCCACAUCAGUUGAGGGAAGGGUUGUCCACUUGAAUAAAGUGUCUUGUGAGAAACUCACUGAUGAUAAAUUUCAGGCAGUUGCAGUAUCCAAACCAUCAGAAGGAACCUACACCUCUAGCCCAACUUGGAAUUAAAUGUGUCUCACAAUUUCCUCUAGACCACAUGCACCUAAUUUUUCUAGGAGCUGUGAAAAGAUUACUUACGUUUUUGUUGCGCGGCCCAGUUAUUUGCAGGUUGAAAAAAGAACAGAGUGAAAAAAUCAACAAUCAGUUGGUACAACUGAAAGGUGCAAUGCCUGCAGAGUUUGCCAGGCAGCCAAGAUCUCUGACCGAACUAGAUCGCUGGAAAGCAACUGAACUACGGCAAUUUCUGCUGUACACAGGACCACUUGUGUUGCAGGAUGUUUUGUCUCAGGACCAUUAUCAUCACUUCCUGUCAUUAACAAUUGGUAUGUCUAUUCUCUUGGAUGAUGAUGAUGCCAGAAGAGAACAUUACCUAGGAUAUGCCCAAAACCUGCUGGAACACUUUGUGGAUAACUGUUCUGAACUGUAUGGGGAAACUUUCCCAACAUACAACAUACAUUCCAUCAAACACAUUGCUGAUGACGUUUUGAACUUCAAAUGCUCCUUGAAUGAGUUGUCCUGCUUUCCAUUUGAGAACCACCUGCAGUCCAUUAAAAAAAUGGUCAGAAAUAGCAAAAAUCCAGUCGCCCAGGUCACUAAAAGAUUGGCCGAAAAAGCAAAUACAAAGCAACACAUGAAGCAAUGGAGGUGCAAACCGUACUCUAUAUCAAACCAAGGCACCAAAUCACUGCUUCCUGUUGGAGACUGAACAAAUUGUGUUUGUGAGGGAAAAGCGUCAAGAUGGGAUGUUGGUUGUGGAUGUUAUCGACCCAAAGGUAACAAAGCAGCUGUUUGAUCUUCCUUGUGAGUCAAAGCUGAUUAACAUCAUAUAUGUGAUGGACAAUGACCUUAGCAGAGCAAAGAGGAAGCUUUUAAAGGCAAAGUAUCUGCAAAGGAAGGCUGUGUGUUUAACACAUGCACAGGGAUUUGCCAUAUUCCCUCUUCUUCAUGUCUCUAAGAUUAACUGAAACUUGGUCCGGUCUCGUCAGUUAACUUUUAUGGGUGAGAAUAUUGCCGACGUCAGUUAAAAUACUGACUCGUAUGCCAGAUGAAUCUAAAAAAAAUCAUGACUCAUCAUUCUUGUAUUUGAUUACCGUUAUUAAUAAGUCUUUACAUUUGUCCAAUCCACAGGCCAUUAUGUCUCAAGGACUGAGGCGUGCACCAAAAAAGAAAAAUUAUGCAGACUACAUCCAAGAUAUCAGCUCAUCAGACUACUUGAUCCCAUCACCACCACCACCACAGAACUACCGAGGUAUUUGUACUUUCCCUGAGCCACCCAAAAAAUAUGAUACGGCCUCCAAACCUAGCACUGCCUCAGUACCAAAAAAUAAGAAGGGAAAUAAGCCGAUGAAGAGGGUCCAUUCAAAAAUGGAUCCAGCAGAAAUCUUUUCUGAGGACCUUUUUUCAACUCCACCUACUACAAAUCCUUGUGCUAUGAGUCCAUUGGAUGACCACGAAAUGUCUACACAAUCAAGUUGUCAACAAACUCCACAACGCCUCUCUCCAAUUAUUGAACUAAGCACUCCACACUCCAUGGACUCAACUAGAAUUGAUACGCCAAAAAGGACUAAGCAGGCAUUCAGGGGUCGUUUUUCGGAUUUACCAAUAUGCACCUCAACCCCAGCUUUCAGGACAGAGCGCCAAUCCAGGACUCCUCAAAGCAGAAUUUCCCAUGCUUCCAGGACUGAGCGCCAAUCCAGAAGUCCUCAAGUCAGAAACCCACAAGCUUCCAGGACUGAGCGCCAAUCCAGGACUCCUCAAAGCAGAAUUUCCCAAGCUUCCAGGACUGAGCGCCAAUCCAGAAGUCCUCAAGUCAGAAACCCACAAGCUUCCAGGACUGAGCGCCAAUCCAGAAGUCCUCAAGUCAGAAACCCACAAGCUUCCAGGACUGAGCGCCAAUCCAUGACUCCUCAAAGCAGAAUUUCCCAAGCUUCCAGGACUGAGCGCCAAUCCAGAAGUCCUCAAGUCAGAAACCCACAAGCUUCCAGGACUGAGCGCCAAUCCAGGACUCCUCAAAGCAGAAUUUCCCAAGCUUCCAGGACUGAGCGCCAAUCCAGGACUCCUCAAAGCAGAAUUUCCCAAGCUUCCAGGACUGAGCGCCAAUCCAGAAGUCCUCAAGUCAUAAACCCACAAGCUUCCAGGACUGAGCGCCAAUCCAUGACUCCUCAAAGCAGAAUUUCCCAAGCUUCCAGGACUGAGCGCCAAUCCAGAAGUCCUCAAGUCAGAAACCCACAAGCUUCCAGGACUGAGCGCCAAUCCAGAAGUCCUCAAGUCAGAAACCCACAAGCUUCCAGGACUGAGCGCCAAUCCAGAAGUCCUCAAGUCAGAAACCCACAAGCUUCCAGGACUGAGCGCCAAUCCAGAAGUCCUCAAGUCAGAAACCCACAAGCUUCCAGGACUGAGCGCCAAUCCAGGACUCCUCAAAGCAGAAUUUCCCAAGCUUCCAGGACUGAGCGCCAAUCCAGGACUCCUCAAAGCAGAAUUUCCCAAGCUUCCAGGACUGAGCGCCAAUCCAGAAGUCCUCAAGUCAGAAACCCACAAGCUUCCAGGACUGAGCGCCAAUCCAGGACUCCUCAAAGCAGAAUUUCCCAAGCUUCCAGGACUGAGCGCCAAUCCAGAAGUCCUCAAGUCAGAAACCCACAAGCUUCCAGGACUGAGCGCCAAUCCAGAAGUCCUCAAGUCAGAAACCCACAAGCUUCCAGGACUGAGCGCCAAUCCAGGACUCCUCAAAGCAAAAUUUCCCAAGCUUCCAGGACUGAGCGCCAAUCCAGAAGUCCUCAAGUCAGAAACCCACAAGCUUCCAGGACUGAGCGCCAAUCCAGAAGUCCUCAAGUCAGAAACCCACAAGCUUCCAGGACUGAGCGCCAAUCAAGGACUCCUCAAAGCAGAAUUUCCCAAGCUUCCAGGACUGAGCGCCAAUCUGGAAGUCCUCAAGUCAGAAACCCACAAGAAAAGAAAGACAGGUUUCCAAUGACAGACAAAAGAUUUCAAAAAAAGGUUUUGACACAACUUUUAGAAAUAAAAGAUGAACUGCGAAGAAUAGGGAAAAUUGUGGAACCAGAAACUGGGUUCCACAUGUCAACCUUGGGCACUGAAGAUGAGUUCGAGUACUUAGAGAGGCAGCUUGAAAGUGGGAAUACACGGGCAGCAAUGGUGACACAGUUGUGUAAAAUUGGAGGAAAAAACUUCAAAGACAGUACAAGAAGAAUGCUGGACAGUGUUUUCAAAAAUUCCCUGAUGUCUACAUUCAACAUGAAAGGAGGAGGUCCACUACAGAAGAAGUCCUUUCAAUCAACUGCCUUAUUCUCAGUCAUCAGAGACGCAGUGAUGACUAGCUUUCCAUCAGCUACGGAAUUGGAAAUAAAAACUGCAAUUUCAAAUCAUUUCAAACAAGCACCAGGGAGGGCAGGGGGUGGGGGUUAUGGGUCUAAAGUCAACAGUUAAUUCUUAAAAAUGAAUUGUUUUACAUAUUUUUCCAGUGUUUUAUUUGUUCAUUUUUAUGUUUGAAUGUUGUCCAAGUUGUUGUUGUCUAUAUAAUUGUUCAAAAU